GGCGGGGCCGCGGGGCGCCCGCGUUGGACCCUUCCGCCGGGGAGCCGGGUACAGGGCCGCGCAUCUCCCCAGGUGGGAGGGACAGGGGUCCCUGGGCAGGUCACCGGCGCGGCGUCUCCAGGACCGGGGACGCGUCUAGACCCGCGGGCAGGGGCGGCGCCCCCUCCCCGGCUGCUAGGCGUCCCUGAGCUCGGCGCUUUCGCCCAGCGGGCGUCAGCCUCGGGUCUCCCGGAACCAUGGUGAAGUUGGGGAACAAUUUCGCGGAGAAGGGCACCAAGCAGCCGCUGCUGGAGGAUGGCUUCGACACCAUCCCCCUGAUGACGCCCCUUGAUGUCAAUCAACUGCAGUUCCCGCCCCCGGAUAAGGUGGUCGUGAAAACUAAGACUGAAUAUGAACCUGACCGCAAGAAAGGCAAAGCACGUCCUCCCAAGAUAGCUGAGUUCACCGUCAGCAUCACCGAGGGUGUUACCGAGAGGUUCAAGGUGUCCGUGCUGGUGCUCUUUGCCCUGGCCUUCCUCACCUGUGUCGUCUUCCUGGUCGUCUACAAGGUGUACAAGUAUGACCGUGCCUGCCCCGACGGCUUCGUCCUCAAGAACACCCAGUGCAUCCCAGAAGGCUUGGAGAGCUACUAUGCGGAGCAGGACUCCAACGCCCGGGAGAAAUUUUACACCGUCAUCAACCACUACAACCUGGCCAAGCAGAGCAUCACCCGCUCGGUGUCGCCGUGGAUGUCAGUUCUGUCGGAAGAGAAGCUCUCAGAGCAGGAGACUGAGGCUGCUGAGAAAUCCGCUUAGCGAGAUGGGCAGGUUCCUUGCAGUGUCACUUGAAGGUAACAAAGGGACUUUGAGGGACAUUUCAUUAGAUAUAAUUACUGAUAAUUUAGAGGUUACUCAUGUAUGGUGCAACUGCUUCUGUUUGCUAAUGCUGCUCUGCAAAUACAGCUUGCUGCAGACCACCCACGGGCAUAAAAUCAAGUGCAUAUCAGCAUUGCUUAAAGAGCUCUGACACCACUUUCCAUGGUAAAGAAUCUUAAUUUAGUGACUUUACUGGGAUUUAUUGGAUGCUGUCAAAAAAUAAAUUUACACUGGGUAUGCAAGGGGUUCGGACUUCAGAUAAAUGAUGCAUUUUGUGGGAUUGAUUUUUUUUUUUUAAACCACCUUGCCGUUUGCAAACCUUACACCAUAGCCAUAUCUAGAGUGAUCCCUUGCUUUCCUAAGAGCAAGCUGUACUGCACGUUUCUUCCCACCUCCUGCCAAUGGCAAUAGUGCCAAUGGUCAAGAUGCACCAUAGUGAGCGUCAGAGGGAAGGAAGGAAAGAUGCCAUCAGGUCGCAGUUGUGCCCUCGCCUGCCCCAUGCUCACUCGUGAGUGCGCAGGCGCUGCAGCAGGUCGGCUCGGGCAGGGGUCACUGCUGCGGGCAGAACGCUGCCUCUCGGUACAGAGGGCGCCCGCUGGGCAGGGGAGCCGUGUUUCCCUCAGUGCAUGUGGACUGGGUCGGAGCAUGUGAGGUGGGGACUCUGGGAAGAGGGGACCCUGGGCCACAGGCUGCAGAACCCGUCUCCCUGUAGCUAGUCCGUCUGCUCUGUGAUGGGCUGAGUAGGAAUGAAACCUACCGGCCCUUUUGUUCACAUCUAUUAUGAAUAAGUUUGCACCGACAGCCGUAUUAGCUACUUAGUUUUAAAACAAUUAGCUGGGUGAGAAAAGUGAAAGUGUAAUUGCUGGUAAGCCAAGGCUACUUUAAUUUUUAUUUUGUGGGACAGAUGUAACUCCUUUGAUGUAAGAAACAGGCAGGAAAGGCUGGGGGCGGGGGGCUGGCGUCACACCUUGCAAGUCCAAUUAUGACAUUUUCAUUCACAAUCUUUGUAAGAUAAUUAUGUUUCAACCUGAAUCUUGACAUUAAAGUAUAUGUUUACAAAAUUGCCAGUUAGAUAAACUAAGUGUGUAAGAUGAUUAAAUAGAAAAAAAGACGUUCAUGGACAUUUUCUUCCAUGUUAUUUACAUGUGUUGUUUCUGGUGGACAUGUCAAAAGUUUCACUGUUUUUUUACAUCAAAAAUAAAUGACAAAUAGUGCAAGA